GCAGAUGCUGGGUGUGGAGAGGCCCUCUCUGCGCACCGGAAGUUGAUGGAUGUGUUUUGGUGCCUGCCAUUCACCCUCCUCCUUCUCCACCAAGCAAAUCAGCCUGUCCAUGGCAUCAUGCUGUAUGACCGCAGCGGGACGAAGCUCUUCUUUUUGGCCGAGGUGGUUCUUUCGGCCAAGGACCCUUCCCUGAGCCGUCCCACGUUCUCCACCAGCCAGACCCCAAGCUCGCUGUGCAUCCUCUCCCCGGGCGUGCUGCCUUCAUCCCAGCUUCUCUCCCCAGUGUGCAUUGAUGACGGGGCAGAGGUGACCAGGGCCGCGGGCAGUUCUGUCACCUUUCACCUCCAGAACCUGCAUGGACAAGCCGCAGUCUGGAGCUUUCACAACAAUGUCAUAGCAACCGUGAUAUUCGGCAAUCCUCCUGAAGUCAUCUUUUUUGAUGACAACUACAAAACACGCUUGGCCUUUACUGAGAAUGGCACGGCGCUCACCAUCAACCAGCUGAGGAUGGAUGAUGCUGGUACCUACACUGCAAAGAUCUCAGGGGUAAAAAACACCUUGUACCUACACACCCUACACAUGUACAGGGAGCUGGUGGUGCCAACGGUGACCUGCGUGGCGCAGAACUGCUCAGCCAACAGCUGCAGCUACACCCUGCACUGCACCGUCUCAGGCUCUGGCUCCGACUUUGGCAAUGUAUCCUACGACUGGAGCAUGGAGGACCAGCCAUGGAGCAAGGGGCCCAUGGUGCUGGUAGAGGAGUUGCCCCAGGACAAGCUACUGCUGCUCACGUGCACGGUGCGAAACCCCAUCAGCAGCCGCAACAUCACAAUCAUCUCGCCCGCUGCCCUCUGUGCAGGUAACAGCCACGAAAACACAACACACUCUCCCACCACUGGCACCUACUCCAGCAGGCAGGUUGGAAUCGUGGCCAUAUCGGUGAUUGUAGUCGGAGUGCUUUUAGCAGUGGUUAUCUUCGUGAUCUACCGUAAAUGCAAAGGCCAGAGGAUCUUCUGUUUGCCUGCAGCCGAGGCUAUGAACACAGUCUUUUUCUGGAAAACUUCAUGCCAGCCCACCAAGAAGGAGCUGGGAGCGCAGCCAUGAGAUCACCAAAGCAAGAGGGAUUUGGGGGAAAUGAAAAGAGCUGGCAAGAGACAACCAGGGGAGCAGAGACAAACAAUGAGGAGUCACGUGCCCCAUGUCCAGAAACAACCUCCCUGCAGCAGCACACCAGCUUGAGCAACCACUGACUGCAAUUGCUGCUUGAAAUAGCCACUGCCUGGUUUCCCUAGCUCUUGGGGGCAGAGAUCAGAGGCUCCUGGGCAAGGUGGAGUAGCACAAUGGCAGCUGCAGAGACUGAAGCAUGCCCUUGGCAUCACUUCAGGAUCAGCUUCACUAGACUCAGGGGUUCAGGGUGCAAGUCCAGACAAGAAAUGUGGUGGAAGAAGAGACCCCUGGACCAGUUUCCAUAUCCUCUCCCUGAUGUUCAGGGACAUUUUUUUGAUGGGCCAUGCCAUUGCUAUCACUGCUACAACUGAGCCAAUGCCCAGCAAGGAUCUUGCUGACUUUCUUUUUGUGUGUGUGUUUUGUUGUUUCUGGAAACUGAAAUAAAGCUGACACGAACAGGA